CUUGGGACAAACGUCUCUGAGAACAACAGCCGCGACACAUAAAAGCGAUCGCAAUGAACCGCCUCUGCCAAAUGUCAUUCGAACAUGUCCGACGAACAUGACCGCGACGGAAACGUAUUUUUCGCAGUGCCGGAUUUCUGGAAAUCGUCCAAAUGGUUGCAUCAAGACGAAGACUCCCAGCUGGCGGAGCCUACCAAGUCCUCCACUUCCUUCUUUACUCUGGACUUAAAUGAUCGCGAAAGACCUUCUAUUUUCCACGUACCGCCCAUUGAGUGCAACAACUUCUUCGUUCUCCCCGACACCGGUCAUGCCGAUAACGACGACGACACCCCGCUUCCAACCGCCUCCCUUGAAUGCGACGACAAACCGCACCUCGAAGGACAAGACGAGGUUGAUCGGACUGAUAUUGAUGGUGACUUCUGGCUGUACCCAGGGAAGCCUGCUCCUUCAGCACCAGAAUAUAGAACCUGGGAGGCCUUCACUGGCUCCGCGGCGGAGCAAGACAAGCCCGUUUUCGUUACCGAAGCUGGACCCGGUGCCUUCGACGCUCUGAUCAGUCUGCAUGGUGAUCCCCUGCGUCUCGGGAGUGCCGAUUACACGCCAGUAGACCCAGGCCCAUAUCUUGACGCCUUGCUCUUUCUGGCCCUCGGCAGGGAGUCUGUCUUCUUCUCCUGGCACGGACACUCCAGGUCAUUCGAACCAACCUUACCGAAAGCGAGGUUACCAGGCUAUUCAGGACGAGUUCUACAAGGUGUCCAAGACCGAUGUCUGCGUUGCGGAAACGCAAUCCGGAACCUCAAAACGUUCGCCGAUCAUGCUUACUCGACGGAUCCCACCCCCUGCCGUGUCGCCCUUGCCAGUGCGCUGGAUAAGGCGCUCUUAGUCGUGCAGAGCCAUGUUGCCCACUUGGAUCAGAACCCACGGUCGAUUAUACAGCUCGAGUCGGUAAUAUAUCGCGUCUCCGAGCUUGCCGUCUACUUGGAAACCUUGAUCACCAAGAUACGGCGAGAGCACCUCGAUGAAGACGUCCUCUCCUUGAUUUUUGAGCAAGCGCAAUCAGCGGAAUACGGGCAUGACUAUAUUAGACAUACGAUGCGAGAGCUUUUGCAACGGGUAACACGGCCAUGGCUUGACUUCCUGGAAGAGUGGAUCGGGACCCAGCUGGAACUCGGUAUACCCCUGAGCAAGCAUCAUGUCGGGAAACGCAAAGGCUUCAUCAAGGUAGAAUCAGAGGUCUACGUGGACGACCUUGGCCUUGAAGUGGAGAAUCUGGAUUUUCACUUGGACACGAGCAGGAUGCCACCAUUCAUGCCAGAUGAUGUCGUGCAGGCGAUCUUCGAGACAGGCCGGAACUUGCGCUUCAUCAGGUCAAGCCACCCUGAGCAUUUUCUGGCCCACCCUUACUCAGAAACCAUCAAAACGCCGACCGUGCGUUGGCAAUUUGAUUGGGACUCGAUCUACCAGUUUGAGCGGGAUGUCCGGUCUUACGAGCAGACUUUGCUGGAUGCCAUCCAAGCCCACGGCGUGGGAGGAUCGUCUCAUAAUGAAGCAUCAAUGCAAGCACAAGAGACCAGUAGAUACGAACUCUGCCUCUUCGGCCGCGACGAGGAAGAGUUGGAGCGUCGACUCUUGCAGUCCAUGGCCACACUUUCUCAACCCAACCACGCCGUUCCCUCGGACGACGACCUUGUGCAGGCCGUCAGGCGCUGCCUGUCGGCCGAUGAGCCCCACGAAAUCAAUAUCCGCAGCGAUUUUAGCAGCCCCCACUGGUCGUUGCUCCCGGUAUUGUCUCUCGGGCCCAUCGUCUUCACCCAGACUCGGAUUAUCGGCCGCGAGAGUCUGAAGUUGUUAUUCAAUGCGCAUGAUCUCCGAGGCCACUUGAGGUUGCAGCGAGAUUAUUUUCUUUGCCGAAAUGGCAUGUUUUGCAGCCGUCUGUCCCACGCGCUCUUCGACCCCGACUUGGAGACGGCGGAGAGGACAGCGGGAGUAGCGCGGCAGGGAGGCGUCAUGGGACUGCGUCUGAGCGGCAGAGACACCUGGCCUCCCGCAAGCUCCGAGCUUCGGCUUGCUCUCAUGGGUGUGCUCACGGAGACGUAUGAGGACCCAGCCAAACAGAGACAGACUGGUGAGCACGGAAGAAAGCCGGGAGACACCAAAGAGGUACCCAGCGACUUGAGCUUCACCGUUCGCGACCUCUCGAGCGAGGAGAUCGACAAAUGCAUCGACCCCGACGGCCUGGAAGCCCUCGACUUUCUUCGUCUCGCCUACAAGCCACCGUCGGCUCUUGCGUCUAUCAUUACGCCCAUGGUAUUGGCGCAAUACGACCGCGUUUUCUGGUUGCUUCUCCGCGUCCUCCGUAUGCUGUAUACGGUCAACCAGCUCUUCCGCGACGUAACAGCCAGGGAGUCCAGGUGGCGGGAUCCAGACAACGCCUCAGUUCGGUUCUGCUUGGAAGCCCGACACUUUGUGUCUAGCCUGAGCAGCUACUUCCUCGAUGUGGGGAUCGAGAUGCCGUGGCGGGAUUUCGAGCGCAAGCUGGAUACAGUGGAAGGCGAGUUACUGGACUGCAGGGAAGGAGCUGUCCCGAACUCGGACCUGAGUCCGGAUAGGCUCCGGGAGCUGCACGUGUCUGUUCUGGAGAGGAUCAUGUCGGCCCUGAUCCUGCGGAAACGACACCAGCCGGUGCUGAAACUUCUCGACGACAUAUUCCGUGUGAUUUUGUGCUUUGCGAAGCUGUCGAGACUCCAUGCAGAGGGCCUGAAUGUGGGGAGAGAUCAGGAGAAACCGGCUGAGCUGUAUAAAGUAUUCAGGAGAAACGUUGAGGUAUUCCUGACGGUGUGCCGCGGUAUGGCUGAGAAAACGAGCAAUAGGGGCCACCGUAGCGAGGGGAGCAAGACGAAAGCAUGGGAUGAAAGGGGGCUUGGUGUUCAGGAGGAUAGCCCUAUUGCGCAGCUCCUGGUGAAGCUGGACAUGCUCGACUAUUACUCGAGUAAAUAGAUGGAUAAAGUGAGAUAGAUACCCGAGAACAAUGCAACAUUGGCAUC